UCUAUUACCCGCCCUUUUCCGCCCGCCCACUCUGCCUUCGCUCUGCUCCCAUCGCCAUUUCCUCCUUCCCCUGCACCCCUCCUCCCCUCCUCCUCGUGCAGAGCAAGCCAACACGAAAACAGCACGAGCGAAGCACACGCGCGCGCACGGGCGCUCUCAUUCUUUGCUCUUCUUCUGCUUCUUCAACGAGCCGCACGCGCGCAUUCCUCUGCCCGGUGUGAGGCUAGCUAGAGGAGGGAGGCCCGGCCAUGGGGAGGCACAAGUUCCGGCUGUCGGACAUGAUCCCCAACGCGUGGUUCUUCAAGCUGCGCGACAUGCGCGGCGCUGUACGGGGCGGGGGUGGGGGCGCUGCCAGCCCCGGCGGGGCGUCGCGGGCGGGCAGGGCCGGCCGGGCGCCGAGCACGCCGCACAGGGCGUCCUACUACUACACGCCGAGGGCCGGGGACGCCGUGGGGUCCCCGCUCCACCCUCCCAGGGCCUCGGACGCGCAGUUCCCGCCGCUGCCGCUGUCGCCGCCGCGGCGCUCGUCCAAGCGGCGCCACCGGAGGCGCUCCGUCAAGCUGGCGCCGUCGGCCAGCGGCAGCAGCGUCGUCUCCUCGCCGGUCUCCACCGGGUGCCGCUGCAGGCGCAAGCCCGAGCUCGUGGUGGUCCAGGCGCCCGACACCCCGCCGUGCCGCCUCGACAACUUCGUCGGCUACGACGACUCGGGUGACGAGACUCUCAAGAAGCCGACGGUCGCCGUGCUGGGCGACGGCGGGCUGGGCGGCAAGCUGAUCACCUCCGCGACGGACAUCAUCAUCGACCUGCGGACCAAGAAGAGGCCCGACACCGACAGGGUGCUGCUCCCGCCGAUCGUGACCAGGCCGAAGCCAGCGCGGAGGACGCCCGAGGAGCUCCUCGAUCUCGAGGACAAGCACAUCGACACCCUCGCGCGCGCGGCCCAACGGGUCACCACGGCUUUCUCGGACGAACAAAGCAAGGCCGCCAAACCGAGGCGGUCCGUGUCAUCGUCGGCGCGCCGGCUCAAGACGCGCGGGAACACGCCCCGCGUGGCGUCCUGCAAGAAGUCCAAGCCUCCCGCGCCCUCGCCGGCGCCCGCGCGGGAGAAGACGCCGCCUCUGGCGGAGAGCUUCGCGGUGGUGAAGACGUCGCGGGACCCGAGGCGGGACUUCCGCGAGUCCAUGGAGGAGAUGAUCGCGGAGAACGGCAUCCGCACCGCCGCCGACCUGGAGGACCUGCUGGCGUGCUACCUCUCCCUCAACGCCGCCGAGUACCACGACCUCAUCGUCGACGUGUUCGAGCAUAUCUGGGCCGGCCUCGCGGACAUCAGCAUGUAGCAGCAAGCAGAGCAGCGCUGGUCUUGCAUGGUGAAUCCAACGAGUCCCAUCGUGUCCAAAGUUGUCGUCGUCCUUGCCUAAUUAGCUCUUGUUAAUGCUCCUAAAUUGGGUAUGAUAAAUAUAUGAGAUUGCCCAAGCCUGUGAAGCCAAAGCCAUGCUCUUCUCCUCUCCUUCUACCUUUGCUGGUAGUGCAGUAGCUGCUCCCGAACAUCACCUGUAACAAGGUGUGGGCGCACAAGUGAACAGUGGGGUAAUAACUGACAAAGUAUGGUGGUAGGACCGUACAAGUAAUAUAGGAUUACGGUGGUGUAGGAGUAAAUUAGAUAAAUAUUGUUGUUGAGCUCGAACAGUAAAAAAAUGAAAAAUCU